AUGACUGCCGUACUAACAGAAACUCCUCCUCAGGUGCGUACCUCUGUGCGAUACAGCACUUAUAGCAUGGCGCCCUCAUUUGCCAACACUAUCCAGACCAACGACUCUGCUCACGCCGAGAUCACCGAUAUUGCCGUCGGCCUCGACCGCAUGGAGAACAAGGCCCUUAGCUCCCAAAGAGUUACACUGAGCGAGGAGAAGAGCGCAAAUUUGAGCAAGCUGGCUCUUGGUGCCAAGUUGGAACGUGCCCUGGACCGGAGAAUGAGCAGCCAGGAUGCUGUCAUGCGGCCGCGCGGCAAGACUUUGAACGAGAAGCCUGCUCAGGCCGCGUAG